AUGAACCUGCGGCUCCCGCUCUGCCUCUUGGCCAGCUUGGUGGGUGCCUGGUCUUCCAGCCACGCUCAAGGUGUCUCGGAGGACUGCUGCCUGGACUACCACCGCUGCGUGCGGCCCCGCCUGCUCCGGCUUGUCCAGGGCUACCGGCGCCAGGAAGUGAGCGGGAGCUGCAACCUGCCUGCCGUGAUAUUCUCCUUCCCGAAAAACAAGGUGAUGUGUGCGAACCCGAGGGACAGCUGGGUGCAGAAGAUGACAGACUUCAUGGAUGCUGGGAACAAGACCUUCUCAAAACACCUCUGGAGACACUUUCAUGACUCCCCCUUUAGAUGUAGGAAGGCAGGCCCUGGAAACUCCAAGCUCCCACCACCCAAGUUUAGGAGGCCCGACAGAAUCAAUAAGAGGGAAACUUCCUUCUGGACAAAAACGAAUGCAGGACCAUGA